AUGAAGUCAACUCAUUCAAUAAUAGAUGCAAUUGCAACACCGACGCCCAAAGACAUAUUGCAUAAAGUGACAGUCUCCAGUAUCCCUUCUGCCCCACAAGAACAGCACUCUCUGAUCGCCAAGAUCAUCGGUUUCGUGUCCUCUCUCUUAUUAAGGAUAGUGGGCUUUGCAACUAUCUCCAUACCAGUUUUCUUUUAUAGAGUGUUAACUUGGUCCUUCACUUUACACCUCAACUUUACGUCAUUAUUGAUAAUACUCGCUAUCAUUGCAACAAUUGCCUAUUGGGUUGUAAGAUACCGAUUUUUAACCAAAUAUUCUCGGUUGAAGCCAAUCAACAAACCACCCAAAGUUGCCUCAUCCUUCGAUUUACAUCCUGAUACAGGUGACGAUGAUGAUUUUUCCGGAUUCCCAUCUAAACCAGGUGGCUACAAAAACUAUCCAGAUGAAUUUCUAUCUGCCUUCUUAUCCUCCAUCAAAAUUUUUGGCUAUUUGGAACAACCCGUGUUUCAUGAGUUAGCACGUCAUCUUCAAACAAAAAAGCUAUUAGCUGGUGACACCUUAUUCAAAAAUCCUGAACAAGAAAAAUCAUUUUAUAUUGUUGUGGAUGGACAUGUGCAAAUGUUUGUUAAGCCUGAAAAUGCAGAUGAUGAUAAUAACAGUGAUACUGAAGAGGAGGACGAGAGCGAUCUAGAAGCUUCGAGGAGCUCUUCACAAGCCAACAGUUUUAAUGGCAGUAGCGAUGAAUACGAUUUCAUGGACAAUGGUAUCAACAAAAGUACCCCGCGCCGUGAUAAAUUCAAAAAUUACACACUAAUUAACGAAGUAGGUGCAGGUGGCACUUUAUCGAGCUUAUUCACUAUCUUAUCUAUUUUCAGAGAAAGCUUCAAUCGAUCUGAAGCCAAACAGAAAAUUCGUAAUCGAUCUUUAUCUAAUAACCGUACAAUUUUAAAUCGAAUUGCACCUAUGGGUAAUACAACAGAGCCGGCUGUGGCGACAACAAAUGUUGUACCCGUUGAUAUGAGCAGAGAAGCUUCUGCCGAUGAAUGGCGUCAGGUGUUCCCUGGGCUCAAGGAUUCGUCCCUGAAUGCUCUCAGUGCAUCAUCUUCUAGACCGGACUCAGAGAAUAGUCUGGCUAAUGGAACAAUUGCAGCAGCUAAAGCAGACAAAAUAGCACAAUCACCACCAGCAGUCGAAAGCAUGAUUGUAGCAGAGGAUGAUUACUUCUCCAACGAGCUUGGGCCUCGUGAUACGAGUAUAUCAGAUUCUUUGAGUAAUAUUAGCAGUGUCCCAGUGCACCAAAAAUUAUCUGUUUCAGCAUCCAUGCCUCUUAAAAACAACAGCCUUCGGAUGAUGGUUACCGAUAAUACCGGUAGACCCUCCUUACGCUCCCAAUCGUCGUUUUCACGUCGCUCAUACCGAUCUGUGCAUCCUAACAUUAUUGCACGGGCAACUGUCGACACAACUUUGGCCGUCAUUCCGGAAGAAGCCUUUCACAAACUUACACAAAAAUUCCCUAAAGCAGCAGCGCAUAUUGUUCAGGUUAUUGUCACUCGUUUCCAGCGUGUAACCCUUAUGACAAGUCACCGAUACCUUGGUUUAACGAACGAGUUAUUACGAUUAGAGAAAAUGGUCAAUGAGUCAGCUAGUUUGCUUACUUUGCCUGCUAACUUUUUCGUACCUGGUGGUAUGGAUCGUUUAAGAAGAAAAUUCAAUCAAGAAGAUGAAGAGAGCUCAGAAAAUGGAAGAAGAAGCGAAGGAGAUACAAUAGGACCAUCUGAAUUAAGUCGUAGUGAAAGUUCAGGUAUUAUUCGAGCCAUUAAUAUCAUUGAUAUGCCGGGCACUCCAUCCAUUAACCUCAAUCAUUCCGGCCACAACAGCUCAAUCAAUUUGGCUGCGAAAAAUAAUUCGAAAGGCGGUAGUAAUAACACUGCAGGUUCACCUAAUUUGAUUCAGCAUCAUAAGGACUUAAAUCGUAAUGGUGAAUAUAGCAUGGAAGAUGAUGAGCACCUUCGAAACUCAGUGAUGCGCUGCAUGGCAGAUGCGUUGGGUAUCAAAAUACCCCAGAAUUACCGGUCAAGCACGAUGACACCCAGUCAACAAGAGCAUAUUUCUCGUACUGCUGCUGCUGUUACUUCUCAAGCUGCACCUCGCAAUUCACGUCGUAUUCUGCAAUACCCAAUGGAUUUGUUUUCCCAUGCUAACGUUGGCUCGACCACUUCACUAUCUUUGGAUGAUGAUGAGGAGUCUUACGUAGAUGAUGAUACAGACGCUCGAUCUACUUCGUCUUCAGUACAGUCAGGAACGACCAUAUCUGAUAUAUUUUCCACUGGUCAUGGCCACGGUAGUCGAAAUACUCAACCUAUCUCUCCAGAUGAUAUUCAAAUUUUGUAUUUCCCUCAAGGUGCAGUUUUGGUAAAAGAGGGUGCUCAUAACAAUGGCUUAUUUUUUGUUAUUGAUGGUCUGUUGGAAGCUUCCAUGACUCCAGCCAAGCAUGAAAAUGGUUUGUGCAAUAUUCCUUCAAGCAACCGUACAAAAACCACAAAAACAAAAGAUUCGAACAUUAAAAAGAUAAAGAAAAGCAAACAAAAUAUACAGCAACGACAAAAGUUUCAUGACCAUGAUAGUAGCUUUAAAAUCUCUCCAUCGACGUCUACCGAAAAUCUUCCACAGUUGGCAGAAGAAGCGCAACAAGAAGCAAAUAGGCCAACAGAAAACGAUAAGCGUGCCAAGAUCAUUGCUUCUGAAGCGCCUGCUGGCAGAACCGCAGAUAACCAAAAAAACGAAGGUGGUGAAGCCAAAGCGAAAAAGCCCUUAUACCUCGUUAAGCCUGGUGGUUUAGCCGGUUAUCUUGAUGCCCUUACUGGUUUCCCCAGCUUCAUGGAAAUCCGUGCUAAAACCGACACUUAUGUGGGAUAUAUUUCAAAAAAAAAGUUGGAUCGUAUAAUUGAUAAGAACCCCAAUGUGAUGCUUAAGCUUGCAAAUCAGUUGGUUGGACAUGUUAGUCAAUUGAUUCUUCAUAUUGAUAUCGCUCUUGAGUGGAUGCAAGUUAAUGCAGGUCAAAUCAUUUGCAGAGAGGGAGAUCCGAGUGAUGCUAUCUAUAUGGUGCUUCACGGUCGUUUAAGAACCAUACAUGAGACAAAAGAAGGUGUCAUUGAGAUUCUGGGUGAAUUCGGUCAUGGAGAUAGCGUUGGUGAAUUAGAAGUUUUAACUGGUGCUUCAAUUUCAUCUACCCUACAUGCGAUUCGCGAUACAGAACUUGCACGCAUGCCUAAGACGUUGUUUAAUGCGUUGGCUAUCAAAUACCCUCAAAUUACAUUACAAAUUUCCCGUAUGGUAGCUUUUAGAUCUCUUGAACGGGCCAUGAACCCUACUGCUACUAACAUUAAGUCGAAGAGCUCCAGUUUUCGACAAAUCAAAACAAGUGAUGAUGCUUCAGAAGCCAUUUCAUCUAUUACAAGUUCUGGUAACGGCAACAGUUCUUGUAAUUAUCCAGAAUUAUAUGGUCGCAAUAAUGUGAACCUCAAAACAGUUGGUAUUAUUCCUGUGAAUUCUUCCGUGCCUAUAUCAGAUUUUGCUGAAAAUCUGAAGUCUGAACUUAUUCACUCGGUUGGUGCCACUUGUGCAUUGCUAAACAGCGCCACUGUCGCUACUAUUAUGGGAAAGUAUGCUUUUGCUCGUUUAGGUAAAUUAAAGAUGGCAUCCUGGCUUGCUGAACAGGAAGAAAAGUAUCGUAUUGUGCUUUAUUUGGCUGACAGUGGCGUUACCUCUCAAUGGACGAGAACUUGUAUUCGACAAGCAGAUUGUAUUCUGCUCGUGGGCUUAGCAGAUGGUGAUAAUUCCGUUGGUGAGUAUGAACGCUUCUUGAUCAACAUGAAAACAACCGCUCGUAAAGAGCUUGUCUUAUUGCAUCAUGAAAGACAUUGUGCUUCGGGUACAACUCAGAACUGGCUUAAAAAUCGUUUGUGGAUCCAAGCGCACCAUCAUAUUUGCAUGCCUUUAAAGCAACACACAAAGCUUUCUGUAUCAGAAAGAUUUAGACCACCAUGGUUAGUAGAACACGGUCGUAAAAUGACUGCAAAUUCCAUCCAAGUGCUCAACAAAGUCAAAGACCAAAUCAAUGAGUACUACUCUGUAGUCCCGACAUUUGGACGCUUACUGGACAUCAACAAAUCCACCACGAAUUCCAUAAACACAUUUAGCUCACCUUCACGUAAUGAUUUUGCACGCUUGGCUCGUCGUCUGUGUGGUAAAUCAGUCGCAUUGGUGUUAGGUGGAGGUGGGGCACGUGGAAUUGGCCAUGUUGCUGUCAUUCAGGCUAUGGAAGAAGCCGGUAUCCCAAUUGAUAUCAUUGGCGGUACAAGUAUUGGUAGUUUCGUAGGUGGUCUCUACGCACGUCAUAUGGAUUUGGUGUCCACUAUUGCUAGAAGUAAAAUGUUCGCGGGCCGAGUAUCAAGUAUUUGGAGACAGCUCAUGGACCUCACUUACCCUGUCACUGCUUGGUUCACUGGUCAUCAAAUGAACCGGGCUGUUUGGAAAUGUUUGGGCGACAGCCAAAUUGAAGAUUUCUGGUUGCCAUACUAUGCUGUAACUACAAAUAUCACGUUUUCGAGGAUGGAAGUGCAUACUACUGGUUAUGCUUGGCGUUAUAUUCGUGCGUCUAUGUCCCUUUCUGGCUAUAUGCCACCCAUUUGUGAUAAUGGUAAUUUGCUGGUAGAUGGUGGUUAUAUGGACAACCUGCCUAUUUCUGUGGCAAAGAAUAUGGGUGCAGAUAUCAUUAUUGCUGUUGAUGUCGCAUCUGAUGAUGACACAAGCCCUGUUUAUUAUGGUGAUUCUGUUAGUGGUUGGUGGGCUCUUUUGCACGGCUUGAACCCAUUUAGAACGUACAACAUACCCAGCAUAGCUGAUAUUCAAAGCAGAUUAGCAUAUGUUAGUAGCGUAGCCACUUUAGAGGAAGCCAAGGUAAUAGACGGAGCACUUUAUUUGAAGUUACCAGUUCAAGAAUGGGGUACGUUACAGUUUGGAAAAUACAAUGAGAUCUUUCAGAGAGGAUAUGAUGUUGGCCGUGAAGUAAUUGGCCGUUGGAAGAAGUAUGCACAUGGUAGAAUUACAGAAGCUGAUAGUGAUGCCAAGGUCGGAGGAAAGGAAGUAAAAGGAUCAAGAGGUAGACGAAAUAGUAUUUAA